AUGGUGUUUACCCCGCCGGCCUGGGUCCCCCAGCUCCCCUUCGACCCCCCAGACUCAAUCCCACUGCACGAGUUCUGGGGCAACGAGAAGUAUGGCCGCGUCCCGUGGGACAAGUCGCACAACCCGUUCACGUGCGGCCUCACGGGGAAGACGUACACCACGGCCGAGAUGCUGGAGCGCAUGGAGCUGCUGGCGAGGUCGCUGGCGAAGCGUCUGGGAUGGCGGACCAACGAGGACACGCCUUGGGAUAAGGUCGUUGGGGUUUACUCUUUCAACACGACAACAGAUCUGCUGACAAGUAACUACAAGAUCGACUUCCUGAUGUCGACCUUUGCCGUGCACCGUCUCUCCGGCAUAGCGACCCCGGCCAACGCCAUGUACUCCGCGGCCGAGCUGGAGCACCAACUCAAGUCCUCCGGCGCAAAGGCCCUGAUCACGUGUCUGCCGCUACUGGAAACGGCCCUGAAGGCCUCAAGAGCGUGCAACAUCCCCGACGACAAGGUCUUUCUGCUGGAGAUGCCGGGGCCAACCAAAGACGUCCCCUUCAAGACAGUCAACGACCUCAUCAAAGAGGCCAAGUCCCUUCCCGAGCUCGAGCCCCUGAUCUGGUCAAAGGGGCAAGGGGCGCGCCAGGUAGCCUACCUCUGCUACUCGAGCGGGACGUCCGGCCUACCCAAAGGCGUAAUGAUCGCCCACCGCAACGUCAUCGCCAACAUGAUGCAGAUCCGCUGGCACGACUCAGUCGGCCGGAAAGCCCAGAACAUCUCCACCCAAAUCUGUAUGGGGUUGCUGCCGCUGAGCCACAUCUACGGCCUCGUCGUGAUCGCGGCCGCGGGUCCGUACCGCGGCGACGGCGUCGUCGUGCUGCCGCGGUUCGAGCUGCGGACGCUGCUGGAGAGCAUCCAGCGGUUCAGGGUUAAUUUCAUGCACCUCGUGCCCCCCAUAAUAAUCCAACUCCUCCGCAAUCACCAAACCUGCGCCACCUACGAUCUCACCAGCGUCCGCUUCAUCUACACCGGCGCCGCCCCCCUAGGCGCCGAAACCCACACCGCCAUCGAGCGUGCCUUCCCCAACUGGAAAAUCGGGCAAGGCUACGGCAUGACCGAAACAAGCACAGUCGUAACCAGCAGCGGUGAGAACGACGUCGUAGUCGGGACAUCCGGCUCGCUAGUCCCCGGCAGCCGCGCCAAGGUCCUCGCCGAGGACGGCACCGAGAUCACCGAGCUCGGGAAACGCGGCGAGCUGCUAAUCAAGUCGCCGUCCGUCACGCUGGGGUAUUUGAAUAACGAGAGGGCGACGGCCGAGGCGUUUGUUUUUGAUGCGGAUGGGGGCCGGUGGAUGCGCACGGGGGAUGUGGCGGUCGUGAGUCGGAGCCCGAAGGGAUGGGAGCAUUUUGCUGUUGUGGAUCGGUUGAAGGAGUUGAUUAAGACGAAGGGCCACCAAGUCGCCCCCGCCGAGCUCGAAGCGCACCUCCUGACCCAUCCAGCGGUCAACGACUGCACAGUGAUCCCCGUGCCGGACGAAGCCGCGGGCGAGGUGCCGAAGGCCUACGUCGUCAAGUCGGCGUCCAUGGCCGCUUCGAAGUCCGACGACGAGGUGGCCAGGGAGAUAUGCAAGCACGUCGAGGACCAUAAGGCGCGGUACAAGUGGUUGAAGGGCGGCGUAGAGUUUAUCGAUGUCAUACCCAAGAGUCCUAGCGGCAAGAUCCUCAGGCGGCUGUUGAAGGAUAAGGAGAUGGAGGCGAGGAGGGCCAAGGGGGCCAAGUUGUAG